CAUUGUCAGAUGAUGCGCUACAUGGAUCUCGACCAGGACAGUGUGAUCAUCAUCCAUAUGGGGGGCGUGUACGGCGACAAGGACGGUGCGCUCGCGCGUUUCCGCGAGAACUACACCACGAAGCUCACGGACGAGAUGAAGGCGCGGCUGGUACUCGAGAAUGACGAGAUAUGUUACAACCCAGACGAGCUGCUCCCUAUAUGCGAGGAGCUGAGCAUCCCCAUGGUGCUGGAUUAUCACCACAAUUGGAUAAAUCCGAGUGUGCUCCCAUUUCCGGAGCUCUUGCCUCGCAUUGCAGCAACAUGGACGCGGAAGGGCAUCCGACAAAAGCAGCACCUCAGCGAGCCGCGUCCGGGCGCAGAGAGCAUCAUGGAGAAGCGCGCGCACGCUGACCGGUGCCAGGAGCUGCCCGAAGUCCUUGUUGGCGGCGACGUCGAUUUAAUGAUUGAGGUCUCCAUCUGCGUCCCUUAUUCCGACGCGAAGGACAAGGAACAGGCCGUGUUCCACCUAUACCGCAUAUACGGCCUCGAACCCGUUAUUCAUGCGAAUCUGCGCCCGGAGAACCCGCCGAAACCGUUCAUCCGCGGGAAGGGAUGCGUAGCUGCCGAGGACGAUUAG